AGUCGGCGGAUGCAAAGGCUGGCGCAGCUGCCGCUGUGGCAGCGGUGAGGCGGCGGUGGCGGCUGCAGCGGCUCCGCUGUCGAGAUAUUGGCAGCGGCAGCUGCGGGCUGAGCUGCGUUGUGCAGACCCGUUGCACGGUGCGGGAUCCCGGGACGGCGCGUAAGAUGCCUCGGAUGGAGCAGGCUUUGAGAAGCAUCUCUGGCCCCGCCGUGGCUUUGAAUAGGACCUCACAAAGCUGGAGACCGUCUACAGCCCUGGCCACUGCAUCCUGAGGACCACGGGACAGGGGACCAUGGCCGUGAGCUUAGAUGAUGACGUGCCGCUCAUCCUGACCUUGGAGGAGGGUGACAGUGCCCCGUUGGCUCCUUCCAACGGCCUGGGCCAAGAGGGGCUGCCCAACAAAAAUGGGGGCAGCCACAGCAUCCAGGACUCCCAGGUUCCCAGUCUGGUCUCCGGGACCGACAGUUCCCCCUCCAGUCCCACCAGGCACAACUGGGAAAUGAAUUAUCAAGAGGCGGCAAUCUACCUCCAGGAGGGCCAGAACAAUGACAAGUUCUUCACGCACCCCAAGGAUGCCAGAGCACUGGCGGCCUACCUCUUCGCACACAACCACCUCUUCUACCUGAUGGAGCUGCUCACAGCCCUGCUUCUGCUGCUGCUGUCGCUGUGCGAGUCACCCGCCGUCCCUGCCCUCCGGCUUGGCAUUUAUGUCCACGCCACCCUGGAACUGUUUGCCCUCAUGGUGGUGGUGUUCGAACUCUGCAUGAAAUUGCGGUGGCUGGGCUUCCACACGUUCGUCCGGCACAAACGCACCAUGGUCAAGACAUCUGUCCUGCUGGUGCAGUUCAUCGAGGCCAUUGUGGUGCUGGUACGGCAGACGUCCCAUGUGCGGGUGACCCGGGCACUGCGCUGCAUUUUCCUGGUGGACUGUCGGUACUGUGGCGGCGUGCGGCGCAACCUGCGGCAGAUCUUCCAGUCCCUGCCACCUUUCAUAGACAUCCUCCUGUUGCUGCUCUUCUUCAUGAUCAUCUUUGCCAUCCUGGGUUUCUACUUAUUCUCCACUAACCCUUCCGACCCAUACUUCAACACCUUGGAGAACAGCAUUGUCAACCUGUUCGUUCUUCUGACCACAGCCAACUUUCCAGAUGUGAUGAUGCCCUCCUACUCCCGGAGCCCCUGGUCCUGCAUCUUCUUCAUCGUGUACCUCUCCAUCGAGCUGUACUUCAUCAUGAACCUGCUCCUGGCCGUGGUGUUCGACACCUUCAACGACAUCGAAAAGCGCAAGUUCAAGUCUUUGCUGCUGCAUAAGCGAACCGCCAUCCAGCACGCCUACCGCCUGCUCGUCAGCCGGCGGAGGCCAGCCGGCAUCUCCUACAGACAGUUCGAAGGCUUGAUGCGCUUCUACAAGCCCCGGAUGAGUGCUAGGGAGCGCUUCCUGACUUUCAAGGCCCUGAAUCAGAGCAACACACCUCUGCUCAGCCUGAAGGACUUCUAUGAUAUUUAUGAAGUUGCUGCUCUACAGUGGAAGGCAAAGAAGAACAGAGAGCAUUGGUUUGAUGAGCUGCCCCGGACGGCCUUCCUCAUCUUUAAAGGAAUUAACAUCCUUGUGAAGUCCAAGGCCUUCCAGUAUUUCAUGUACUUGGUGGUAGCCAUCAACGGGGUGUGGAUCCUGGUGGAGACAUUCAUGUUGAAAGGUGGGAAUUUCAUCUCGAAGCAUGUGCCCUGGAGUUACCUUGUAUUUCUUACCAUCUAUGGAGUUGAACUGUUCAUGAAGGUGGCUGGCCUGGGCCCUGUGGAGUACCUGUCCUCUGGAUGGAACUUGUUUGAUUUCUCGGUCACGGCGUUUGCCUUCCUGGGACUACUGGCACUCACGCUCAACAUGGAGCCCUUCUAUUUCAUCGUGGUCCUGCGUCCCCUGCAGCUGCUGAGGUUAUUUAAACUGAAGAAACGUUACCGCAACGUGUUGGACACCAUGUUUGAGCUGCUGCCGCGGAUGGCCAGCCUCGGCCUCACCCUGCUCACCUUCUACUAUUCCUUUGCCAUCGUCGGCAUGGAGUUCUUCAACGGGCGACUGUACCACAAUUGUUGCAACUCCAGCACGGUAGCUGAUGCCUACCGAUUCAUCAACCACACAGUGGACAAUAAGACCAAGAUAGAGGAGGGCUACUACUAUCUCAAUAACUUUGACAACAUCCUCAACAGCUUCGUGACCCUGUUUGAGCUCACGGUUGUCAACAAUUGGUACAUCAUCAUGGAAGGGGUGACCUCGCAGACCUCGCACUGGAGCCGCCUCUACUUCAUGACCUUCUAUAUCGUGACCAUGGUGGUGAUGACCAUCAUCGUGGCCUUCAUCUUGGAGGCCUUUGUCUUCCGCAUGAACUACAGCCGCAAGAGCCAGGACUCGGAAGUGGACAGUGGCAUCAUCAUUGAGAAGGAAAUAUCCAAGGAGGAGCUUCUGGCCAUCCUGGAGCUUUAUCGCGAGGUGCAAGGCACCUCCUCUGACGUCACCCGGCUGCUUGACACCCUCUCUCAGAUGGAGAAAUACCAGCAAAACUCAUUGGUGUUUCUGGGGCGGAGAUCAAGAACCAAAAGCGACCUGAGCUUGAAGAUGUACCAGGAGGAAAUCCAGGAGUGGUACGAGGAGCAUGCCCGGGAACAGGAGAUGCAGCAGCAGCAGCAGCUGAGGGCCAGCGUGCCCGGCCCCGCGGCCCAGCAGCCCCCUGGCAGUCGCCAGCGCUCCCAGACCGUCACCUAACGGCGCCUCUCAUCAAGCCAGCUCUUCUAUGCAAUAACACCAUAGUAUUAUGGACUCCAAUGUAUGGAAACCAUGUGUGUGCAGACACACUCAUAUAUAUGCACAUAUUUACAGAGACAGGAAAAGACUAGUAGCCAGGGCCGGUUUGAACCGCCUUGCUCUGUCUUCCUGAGCUUCAGAAGUCGGCUUGGACUAGAGGACCAGGCCUGGCUGAGCUCUUCCUACCACGGAACACUCUGGAAGCCCUCUUCUCAAGGAGCCCCUUAAAUAGGCUGUGCCACAGCAAUGGCGGCUUUCCCGGGGCGGGGGGGGGGGUGAGGGAGAGGGGGCACACAGGUGGGACCUCCCUGCCGCCGCCCCAGGCUUCAUCCCUACUGGUCCCCCCGCACCCAUCCCAGGGGUCUGGGUCCGCCGGUAUCAGGGAUAAAAACCACUAGGAAGAAGCCCCACAUCUGGAGAUGAUCAAAGGGCUAGAAGUUCCCCGCGGGAUCAGUGCCUGGGACCCAGUGGGAAGCCUGAGGGAGGCCAGACACAGCUAGUUGGGCCUCUGCUGGACAGAGAUGGCACCAGACAGUAAGGCACACUCUCUCUCCAGCUUCUGGUCUUCUCUCGUUGUUGCUACAAUCUGGGGGCAGCUAGGCCCAGCAGGAGGAAGCCAACAGGAGGCCCCAGGAUAUUUGGUCAGGGUACACGGAGUCCCUUCUGUCCCUUCUGCGAGUUACCUCCUCAGCAGAGUUCAGCUGAGCUGGUGCUGAAGGCAGUCCCCACCCAAGCCAGAGCACGGGAACCCUACUGCCCAUCACCGCCACAUCCACCACACCAUGCGUAGCUGCUUUUCAAGGAGGCACAAUGAGGAGGCCUUCCCAAGGUUCUCAUAAGCUAGGUGGGUGGGGGAGGAGGGUCAGGUGAGCAUUCAGCCUCCUGGGAGUCCUUUUGUCAUCUCAACAAGGCAGGGACGGAGCUAUGGUCACUUACCCAGUGUUCUGCCCACCAAGGGAUGAGAUGCAGAGGCAGGCAGGCUUGAGGAGAGCUGGGAAAGCAUCUCCCGUCACCGCCUGGCACCCCGGCCAACCCUGGCCUUCCAUGCCUGUUGCCUCUUGGGACUCAGAGUGGGCGAACAUAGGUCCCUUCAUGUUCACCCGGCUGAAGAAGAGGACAGAGCUUGGCCCAGCACCCCACUCACCUGACCCUGGAGCUAGGCUGGAAAGGGGGUGUUUUCACUUAAAAAAAAAAAAAAAGCACAGCCCCCUGGGGAAACCACUGGUUCCCACAGGCAGUCGGGAGAUGGACAGUCCCUUCAACUUUGAAGGGCUCUCGGCCUGUACUGGAGCUCAGCCUGGACUCUGGGCCACAGGCCUCUCUCUAGAAGCAGCUUCCUUUGCACAGCUGGGUGCCUUAGCUUUUGUUUAUGAGCGGCAUUUUGGAAGCAGAAAGGAGAGGCCUCUACAGAGGGCCUGGGGCCUCUGAGAAUCCAGCCUGGUUCUAGGCCUUUCCUCUAACCUAGGAAUUUUAAGUACCCCUUAGCCUAGGGGAGCAGGACCCAGGUAAGGGGACUGGUCUUAGGCCUAAUAUGGAGGUACAAAACCCCUUGGGUUUAGCACAUACCACCCAGGUGUUGGAGGGAGGCAGGGCGGGUAGUGGUGUAGACUGGGGACACCUAUCCCUGCAGGGUCACCUUGGGCACACCAAGCUGACUCUCAAACUUGCUAGCCAAGCAGAAGACAGACCUCACUCAGGCUGUGAGCUGAGGACCCUGGCUAGCCCAGAUGCCCCCUCCCUCAAUUCAGCCGAGUGGGGACAGAAGACUGUCACAGCCUACCAGGGGUAGCUAUGAAAACCAGGCUUCUUCCAGUGAGGCAAAGGCGCUCUGUGGGGACAGAGUCCAGCCCCUCCUUCUUGCUUUCCCCUCCCCCACCCCAGCCUUACUCCACACCAUGCAGACAAUCAUUAUUUUGUAUGGAGGAGCCACGUCAGAAGGUUUUAUACAGUGAUUUGUUACCUAGAAACCCACUGUGCCCAGAUUUCUGGUCUGUCGAUAAAGAGCCUCUGCUUUGUAGA